AUGGAUGAGAAGGAUACCAAGAUGGUCGACAAUGCUGCGGCACACGCGCAGCCUCAGACCGAGAAGACUGACAACAUCCAAGUCGCCCCUACGUCCGACUACACAGCGCCCAAGGCAAAGACAGAACAACUCGAGGAUGCCAGAGGAUGGGAGUCGGAGAACCUGAUCCAGGAUCUCGAGAAGCAGCUCCAGCAAGCCAACUACAAGAAGGGCUUCUUGGACAUUGAGUUCAAGAACCCCAAGCACUUCACAUGGAUGAUUGUCGCUUUUGCGUCCAUGGGUGGUCUGCUCUCUGGUCUCGAUCAAUCACUCAUCUCGGGUGCCAACCUGACACUUCCUCGCGAUCUGGGCCUUACCGCGCAUCAAAAUUCUCUGGUCAACUCUGGCAUGCCCCUUGGUGCCGUCGCCGGUGCUUUCCUCAUCUCGCCAUGCAACGAAUACUUUGGUCGCCGCUGGGCCAUUAUCAUCUCCUGCAUUCUCUACACUAUCGGCGCUGCUCUCGAAGCCGGAUCCAUGAACUACAGCAUGAUUGUCGCCGCCCGUGUCAUCCUAGGAGCUGGUGUCGGUCUCGAAGGAGGUACCGUCCCCGUCUACGUCGCCGAAACCGUCGAGAGCAGGCUGCGUGGUAACCUGGUCUCGCUCUACCAGUUCAACAUUGCGCUUGGUGAGGUUCUCGGAUACGCUGUGGCUGCCAUGUUCAUCACUGUUCCUGGCAACUGGCGCUACAUUCUCGGUUCCUCGCUCGUCUUCUCCACAAUCAUGGGUAUUGGUAUCCUCUUCAUGCCCGAAAGCCCCCGAUACCUGAUGCACAAGAACAAGCCUCUCGAAGCAUUCAAGGUGUGGAAGCGCAUUCAUGGUACUGCCACCCAUGAAGCACGUGAGGAGUUCUUCGUCAUGAAGGUCAGCACUGAGAUGGAAGAGGCCGAAGUUGCUGCCGGACGCACCGGCCGUUUCCCAUGGAUGGACUUCUUCACCAAGCCACGUGCUCGCCGCGCCAUCAUCUAUGCCAACAUCAUGGUCUUCCUUGGACAAUUCACAGGUAUCAAUGCGAUUAUGUACUAUAUGUCAGUCUUGAUGUCACAGGUCGGUUUUGACACCUAUGACGCCACCUACAUGUCGCUCGUUGGAGGGGGCUCGCUUCUUAUUGGAACUAUUCCGGCGAUUUUCCUCAUGGAAACGUGCGGUCGCCGUUUCUGGGCUAUUGCCAUGCUUCCUGGUUUCUUCGUUGGUCUCGUCUUGGUCGGCGUCUCGUACCAUGUCGAGGGUCUCAGCGGCAAACUGGGCGUCUAUCUCUCUGGUCUCAUUCUCUACGAGCUGUUCUUCGGUUCCUACGCCGCCCUUACCUGGGUCAUUCCUUCUGAGGUAUACCCCACCUACCUCCGUUCUUACGGCAUGACUACCUCGACUGCAUGGCUUUUCCUCUCCUCCUUCAUCGUUACCUACAACUUCACCAGCAUGCAGAAUGCCUUCACCAAGACUGGUCUUGCACUCGGAUUCUACGGUGGAAUCGCCUUUCUCGGCUGGUUCUACCAGAUCUUCUUCAUGCCCGAGACCAAGGACCUGACGCUUGAGGAAAUUGACCAGUUGUUCCAGAAGCCGACCAGCCAGGUUGUCCGCGAGAAUGCAAAGAGCUCCCUCGAAGUCACAAAGGAUCUCUGCAGCUUCCGAUUCAAGAAGGUUUUUAUUGAGAACAACCGCAGGCGCGGUCGCGAGGAGUAG